AUGGUUUCACUCAAAUUUCUAAAUGUUAUAAGUGUUAUUCCUCGUAUUCCUCAUAAACAAUCAUCUACAUUUUUUACUUCUUCUCAACAACAAAUAUCAAGUCGUUACACUUCUUCCGUUUCUCCUUUUGAAAAAAGUGGUAGAAAUCGCAUUAGUCCCAAACCUACUACAAAUGAUACUGAAGGAAUUGAUUCCUUUCUUUUAAAUUUUGCAAAUAAACAAAAACAUAAUGGAUUAGAGAGCGCUGAAGAUUUUAAUGAUUCUGAUUUAAGUUCUUCAUCUCCUAAUCCUUUACUAUCAAAAUUUGCAACUUCUACGAAAUCUGAUACUACUCAAAAAACUUCUGGUUCUGACGUAGCAAAACUCUUAUCCGAUUUUUUAGUACCAUCCGAAGAACUUUAUCGCAUUCAUAUUCACGCCUCUUACAAUAAUACUAUAGUCUCAUUAACAAAUUCUCGUAAAGAUGUAUUAAUUAAUUCUUCUGGUGGACUUGUAGGUUUUAAAAAAGCUCAGCGAGGUGGUUAUGAGGCUGCUCAUCAAGCUGCCGCCGCCUUAGUCGAAAAAGUCAAAGAAAAAGGAAUUAAAAUUAAAAAUGUGGAGGUUUUGAUAAAGGGUUUCGGUCCUGGAAGGGAUGCUGCCUUUAAAGCUAUCGCUUCACCUGAAAAUCCUUGGACCGUAAAGAGAAUUACCGAUUCUACACCAUUGCCAUUUGGUGGAUGUAGGCCAAGGAAAGCUAGAAGAUUAUAA